AACAAAGCUUGGCUGCGCCGUAGGCUCGUUCUCGUCCGGUUGUCUUGUAGAGGACGUUGGAGUCACAGUCAGGAGGGGCCUAUAUCAAAUAUUAAUUUUAAAACAGCAAGCACCUACAGAAAAUCGAGCCACCAUGUUCUCCCGCAUCGCUAGACCUACCGCCACCCUCUUCCGGAGCCUGUCCACCUCCUCCCAGCACAAUGCAAAAGUAGCUGUUUUGGGUGCCUCAGGUGGCAUCGGGCAGCCCCUGUCUCUCCUGCUGAAGAACAGCCCUUUGGUGAGCGAGCUUUCACUUUACGAUAUUGCCCACACUCCUGGAGUAGCUGCUGACCUCAGUCACAUUGAGACCAGAGCCACCGUCACAGGCUACAUGGGAGCAGAUCAGCUGGGUGCUGCACUGAAAGGCUGUGAAGUUGUUGUCAUCCCUGCUGGUGUCCCAAGGAAGCCUGGUAUGACCCGUGAUGAUCUGUUUAACACCAAUGCCACCAUCGUGGCCACAUUAGCUGAUGCUUGUGCCCGUCACUGCCCUCAGGCCAUGAUCUGCAUCAUUUCAAACCCAGUGAACUCCACUAUCCCAAUCACAUCAGAGGUGAUGAAGAAACAUGGCGUCUACAACCCCAACAGAGUCUUUGGUGUCACAACACUUGAUAUUGUCAGAGCAAACGCUUUUGUUGCUGAGCUCAAAGGCCUUGAUCCCGCCAGAGUCAACGUGCCCGUUGUUGGAGGUCAUGCAGGAAAGACCAUCAUUCCUCUCAUUUCACAGUGCACUCCCAAGGUUGAGUUCCCUACAGAUCAGCUGUCUGCUUUGACAGGCCGGAUCCAGGAAGCAGGAACUGAGGUUGUAAAAGCUAAAGCUGGUGCAGGUUCUGCCACUCUGUCCAUGGCCUAUGCUGGAGCCAGGUUCACAUUCUCCCUUCUUGAUGCCAUGAAUGGAAAAGAGGGUGUUGUUGAAUGUGCAUUUGUGAGAUCUGAGGAGACAGAAUGCAAAUACUUCUCUACACCUCUCCUCCUCGGGAAAAACGGCAUUGAAAAGAACCUUGGUCUUGGCAAAAUCUCUGCGUUUGAGGAGAAGCUGGUAGCUGAAGCCAUGGAUGAACUGAAGGGCUCCAUCAAGAAAGGAGAAGAUUUUGUUGCAAACAUGAAGUGAUCUGUGCUUGUGGCCCCUACCUGUGAAAUGUCAUUUAUUUUAUAAAGCUGAGUCAUUGUAUGUCAACAAGGGUUCCUAAAAAUGUAUUUUCAUCAUGUUCAAAUAUGCAGACAGUCUCUGUACUGAUUAAAACGGUCAAAAUCUACCCAUCAAUAAAAGGCUCUGUUUACCAACUCUUUGCAUUUCAGUUCACUCAAUUCAAAAUAUAGCUAUUUUGCUAUGAGAUCCUUUUAUUGACUUGCAUUUUGUUGUUGUUGAUAAUUAGAUGCAAUAUGAGUGACUCAUAAAUGGAUGUGAAUUCAUUUGACAUAAACCGAAAUGGCUCCAAGUAA